UUUAAAUUUAAUGGGGAAUUGGCAGAUUUUAAAGUUAAAUUUAUAAGAUUAAAUUUAAAAAAAUAUUGCCCUAAUUUGAUAGAUUAUGUUGUAGGGGAAUUCAAAGAACAAAUGGAAAAAGAUUCAUGGAUCAUAAAAGUAACCUUUGAUGCCGUUAAAGAUAUGUUUGAUCCCGUCGUUUAUCGAAUUAUUAAAUUAAUCAAUGAUCAAAUUAAUUCUACGCAAGAAAAAUGUUCAGCAAUAUUUUUGGUGGGAGGAUUUAGCGAAUCCCCCUAUUUGCUACGUAGGAUUAAAGAUAAGUUUAGUACACAAGUUUCCAUUAUCGCUGUUCCAACUUUACCAAUAGCAGCAAUAGCUCGGGGUGGUAUCGCGUAUGGUCUUAAUGUUGGUGCUAUACAAGAUAGAACGUUGAAGUGGACAUAUGGAGUUGAGGUUAAUCGCCCAUGGGUUUCUGGUAAGGAUAAAAGAACUAGAAGAACUGAAGAUGGAUACAUUCUUUAUUUCCAUAAAUUGGCGCAACGUGGUGCAAAGGCUAAU